GUUGUGUUUGUGGCAAGAGAGAUUGAAGCGAUGUAGACUUGAGUAAUCAUUAGUCUACGCGAAUAUUGGGUCUUUUGAAAUUGAUAUGAAAAGGGUGAAGAGUACCGUAGAAUGAAUGAAAAGUCGACCAUCUUUUGUAAGUGGCACAUUCUGGGUACAGGCUUGUACCAGAAUCCACAACCAGGUCCAUCAUCUGCUUAUAGUUGCUACAACCCACCAGUUGGAUAUCCUCACGAUAGUCAGAUUAGGUUUGGUCUGGAAGCUCCUGAAGCAGCUGUUGCAGCUUCUCCCCACAGUAUGAUGCAACAUUCCACACGUCCAUACCCAUACCGUCCACAGCCUAACUAUAGUUAUGUUUCAAAUGGAGAACUAGCAUUGGGAUUUGGCAACCCUUUGAGUGUGGCUUCAAGACCUAGUCCACAGUUAUAUUCACCACUGUAUAAUUCAAAUGAAUUGUCAACAUCUAUAACUGAUGAUGACUUAAGAACAAUAAAAAUGCCAAGUGCCUCUACAACAGCAACAAUGAACAAGUCUUAUGAAAGAAGUACCAAAGUUAUUGGCACAAAGCCAGUAUCUAAAACUGUGCAAAGUGCAUUUAAAGACAGCUUUGAUUCUUCAUCAAGGAAAAAUCUGAAUGCCUCACUUUCCAAGGAAUUUCAUGCAGAAAUGCCUGGUACAUCUCAGAUUCGAAUAAGUGGCUUAAAGAAGCAUGAAAUCAACUCUGUACCAACAAAAUUUAUCGCAGUAGAUUCAAAUAAAAUACCACAGGAAGUUGUAUCAUCUACUGCAAGUUUACGAGUUCUGUCUGGCACUGUGGACAAGAUAGUGAAAUGGGAAAAAAUACUGAGCUUUGCAAACUUGUUAUUUGAAGUCUUUGGUUCAUUAGUUUCUGUUCAGCCAGGGAUGAAGUACCCUCAGAAAGUCCUUAUGCUUCGGGAGCCAACAGGGCCUAUCUUGCAGUGUAUCUUCUAUGAAAUUGACCGUAGGCUGCCAUCCUUACAGACAGGUGACUACAUAAGGUGUGUGGGGUGGUUUAUUGGAAAAACAAAGAUGCAGAUUGUGUCAGUACGAGAGGUGACCCCUGCAGAAAGAUCCAGUAUACAAAGACUUGGAUUCAUAUCUCAAAGAGCAGCUCAGGAUAUAUUUGAUAAUUACAACAAGAAUGAGAAUGUUCAGAAGUGAAACUCUCAGUUGGACUCUGUCAAUGCUAAGUUAUUAAAGUGUAUCCUUUGUAAUUAUAUGUUCUGCUAGUCAAACA